AUGGGAGUGAAGCAAACCCCACCAUUUCAGGUGAAAGUGAGCGAUGCAGAUUCCACUGGCAGAAGGAAAUCUAAUAGCCGGGAAGACAGCCCUAAGCUGGAACAAUUAAAAGCAAAGCGAGACAAAGGCAAAGGAAAGGGAUCUUCAGAUCCCGCUGCUUCUGCAAUGGGCGGUUCCAACGUAUUACCAAGCAAGAACCUAAGUACACCCCCAGCAAUGAACCCGUUGACCACCAGCGUUAGCAGGGGUAAUACUGCGUACGAAAGAAGCGUAAAUGGCAGCCGUAUAACGAUGCACUCAAACUUGGCACCCACGGAGACGCAAGAUGUGUCAUGGUCCGAAAUCGAUACUCUGGAUGAUGUGAAGAAGAUGGCGAAAGAACCUAUCGUCAACGACGGGUUCCCACUGGAUUUUGAGAACGAUCUCACGCAAAUGCGUAGGUCACACGCCCAGUUGCUGCGCUUAAUGAGGGAAAGAAAUCAGCGACUAAAGUAUUCCAAGCUGGGGAGCCCUCCUCGAAACGAUCAACAUGGUACUACCGCGAAUAAUGCUCAAGGACCAGAGGAGGUAUUGAAUGACCCGGAAAUCGCACUUGACGGUGAGAAGUACGUAAGCCAGCUGGUCGACAAUAUUAGGGACCUUCACCGAUGCUGA